AGCUGCUCUGACAAGACGGGACAUUCCCUGAAAAGGUUUCAGAAUCGUUCAGUAGCAGUUUGGAUUAGAGGUAACAAUGGAAAAAUCUCCCACUUCUAAUGUGAAGAGCAUCUUUCGCAGAUUUUCUUUAUUUAGAAAAAGCGAUGGGCACAUUAAAAAGAAACAAUCUAUACGGUCAUUAAAAACAUUUAUAUCAGAGGAUAAAGACGAGAAAGUUACCACAGAGAAAUUUGAAUUUAAGACCACAGAGAUUCCUCUAAAGCCAUGCUCAGUUUUGCAGAUCAAAAAUUAUAUACAAACAGACAUGCUGAAGGAGGCAUAUCUGAACCUGCUUUCCCUGCGCCUGGAGUUCAAGUUAGAACAGAGCGCUCUGGGGGAAGGAGAAUCUCACUCAAAUCUGGUUAAUAAAGAGAAAGACCUUAAUCUGUUGUAUGACGCACUAAGGGACAAAAUGUCUGUCAUUGUAUGCCACUCCAGUGCUCUUCCCUCAUGCAAUAAAGAGCUGCUGGUGUAUGUGGCCACCAUUAUCCUGGAGGAAGAGAAGAGACGGGGAGAGCCAGGAGCGAUGCAGGGAUGGAGGGAAGCAUGGAAGGAUGCGGUACUAAACGGGGUUCGGGAUUCACUGAAGAAAGUUCCUCUGGACAGCCGCGACCAGAACGAUUCCUGGCUGGCAGUGCAUCUGGAGCACCUGGGUAAAGCUGUGGUGGAGGAUUUGCAGAGAGUGGAGACUGAGCUUCUAAGCUCAUAUCCAGCAGACUUUAAUGUGUUUGAAACCUAUGUGUCCUGCCACCAUGAAGCUGUAGGAGAGCAUCUAAAGAGACUUCUGGAAAGCGUGACAGAGCUGAAAGCUUACUACGCUCUUCUAGAUUUCAUUAUUCUUUCCUAUCCCAGUGAUCUGCAAGACCAUCAGAGAGCUCUUAUAAUGGAAGAGGAUCUGAACAAAAUAAAAACCUCUUACUGUCAUUGCCAAAAGGAGGACUUUAAACUUGAACUGGAGAAUUUCAUCAUACUUGAAACAGAAGCGUGGAAAAAUAAGAAAUCUCCUAAAAUAACAGAAGAUAAAUUCCUCACAUCAAAAAUACACAUGGACAUUUGUCAGCUGAUAGUGAGCUACGCUGGGAAUCUUGAGAAGAUCGAUGAGAAUCUGGGGAAGUCAGUUGUAAGCUCCUGUUUAGAGGAGCUAAAUCCAUUUUAUACAAGAUUUGAAAAAGAGUUUUCACAGCACACUGUCUCUCUGUUGACCUCUGACCUGUUGGACUGCUGUCUUUGGGUAGAAUAUCACAUCUCCUACAUCAACAGUUUCAGUUCACUCAAAGAGAAUUUGCAGUGCUAUAAAGAGAGCUGUUCAGCUCAGGUGGAGAAGUUGGAAAAAGAAGUGGAUGGACUGACUCAGAGACUCAGACAGACCCUGAUGGAUCAUUUCAAAUCUGAGGUCAAGCCUUACAUGGAUGGCAUGAUGACAAAAAAAUGGCUGAAAACAGAUGAAGAUUUUAAAGAAGUGAUUUCUAGAUUAGAUAAUUAUUCUGGGCUCUGUAAAUCCAUGAGAGCUCCAUCAGUCCAAAUUUUUGUGAAUGAUAUGCACUAUUAUGUAGCCAAAGAAUAUGUCUCCCAGCUGAUGAAGAAAAAAUAUUCAUGCAAAAAACCCAAAAACGAAGAUGCUGCCAUAAAAUUGAAAGAACAGUGGAAUGAACUCAGGAAACUAUUUAUGCAAAUGGGAUCAUCCUUAAAGUGGCUUUAUCCAUUGGGAAAUUACCUUAGUGACAUUAUUGGAAUGGAUAAUGAGAAAAAUAUAAAAGAUCUGUUACAUCCAUUGGUUAGUAAUUACCCAGACAUAAGCAAGAAGCAGUUGUCAGCUGUUCUGUCCUUCAGAGACAAAGGUUUUAGCUUGGAGAAGCACAAUGUUAUUAAUCACUUUACUGUGCUUAAACGGGAUGCUGGGAACACAAAUCAUGAGCACUCCUUCUUCACUGACAUUGAGUGAGUUUUCUUUUGGCAAUUUUGAUGCUUCAGGAACCAUCAUAGGGGGAAAAAAUAUUGCAUCGUUUUUUUAAAAAUGUGUACAGUACAUUUUCUUGUUAGAAUAUACAGGCAUUAUUAGUGUAUUUGGUGCAUGAUUACUUACAUGUGGUGUCUAUGUUCUGGUAAAAAAUAUCUGAAAAGACAGACAUGUAGGCUGUGAUCUUCACUGUGAUAUUCUGCUCAAAUUAAAGAGCAAUACAGCUUGUCUGUGUUCCUUCAUGAGGCAACUUGUGCUAUUUGCCUUUAACAAUCCCUUAUUUUAGAGCAAUAUAAUCGUGAUUAUCAAUUUAACCGUUGGUUGUUUGUACUUUUACUUACCAAUAGAGGGAGACAUUAAACUAUAGACGCAAUAUUUGCAUUUCCUCCAUAUUGCCUAAUCAUGCAAAAAGAGACUUGAUGGAUUCAGUCUGUUAAUCUACUGUGAUAUCAAUCAUGUAAAUGUGAUGUAUAAAACAUUAUGUCGGAUCAAACCGAGUGUGUGCUGUGCAAUAUUAACUCCAGAUGGACCAAGCUCUUGCAGCAAAACCGAUUGGUUAUUUACUGUAGAUCUUGUCCUUCCCUCUUCUUGUUUGAUGCAAAUUUUAAACCUUUUUUUAGCCUAAACCUAAUAUACUCUCUGAUUUUAUCAGUGAGAAAAAAAACUUGGAGAUAAAACCUGUAACUACAGUGUGUUAUUGAACAAAUAUUUCCUUUCAUAUGGCGUCUGUACUGUCUAGUUUUGGGGAUAUUUCUAGAGAUUUGGAUGUGAAAUGCCACAUUUGUUUACAUAUUGAUGUUUGAUUUGGUCUUGUAGCCUACUAUCUGUAAUCUCUUACGGGAUAAGCUUAAAUUUAUGUGAAUGACAAUUAAACAUAUUUUUAUACCU